AUGCUGCAAUCAAAUUGCAUAAACAUCGCAAAAGACGACUUAUUAGCUGAAAUUGAUUUUGUUGGAGAAUAUUUAGAAGAAGUGUCAUUGAAAGCAGUCAUGUACUACACCCCUCGAGCCUGCUGCGCUUUCCAAUUGUUACUCAUAACAGGUCGAGAUGGUCGUGAUGGACAGCCGGGAAGGCCUGGUAAGGAUGGUAAGGAUGGAAAAGAUGGUAAUCCGGGCAGACAAGGCCCUAAGGGCCCCAUUGGAUCUCCUGGCCAAAACGGGGCACGAGGUCCCCCUGGACCCAAAGGUGGAGGAGUGCAAUACUUUCGAUGGGGAAGAACGGUUUGUCCAAGAGGCUCACAACGUCUUUACAAAGGUCGUAUGGCGGGAACACACUACACUCACAAAGGAGGUGGAGUACAAUACCUUUGUCUGCCAGAAAAUCCCAAGUGGCUGAAAUACCAAGAAGGCUAUCAAGGCCAGGCUACGACUAUCUACCGCACGGAGUACGAAACUCACCACUUUGGUAAUUUACUGUUUGGUAAAAACCUCCAAGACCAAGAUGCACCUUGCGCUGCCUGCUAUGUCCCGAAUCGCACGGCCAAGUUCAUGAUCCCUGCAUCCUACCAGUGUCCAGGGGGCUGGAGACGAGAGUACUUUGGUUACAUCAUGUCAGAGCAUCAUACUCAUCCUCGYUCAAGCAGCUUUGUUUGUGUUGACAAAAACCCUGAGUUCGUUCCUGGAAAGAACAAAAACGAGAAUGGUGCCCUUCUGUACUUUGUUCAGGCAAUGUUUCAUUGUACCCAUUCUCCAUGCCCUUACCCUUAUGGUAGGGAACUGGCAUGCGCAGUUUGCACAAAGUAAACUUACAGUUGUUACCAUCGCUUGAACAUGUAAUGCAUUUACUAACGCACCGUGAUAACUAUUGGCUAUACAAAUAACCUGAAUUUUAAUUUGAAAACUUCUAACGCAAGUAGCUCUAAACGUGACACUUGCCAGUCAUUACACAAUGUAAGUAAAUAUAGGAUCGCACAACACCGAAUAAAGCAACUUUUGGAUAUUA